GAUUGUAUCUGACUGACCUGUGACGGCUGUUUUGUCAUGCGAUUUGUAGUAAACAUUCGUUUUGAGUGGUGAGACAUUCAGCUGUGUUUCAUUAGUGGUUUGUUUUGGAUCCAGAGAAGCUUCACAGCUCAUUUAUUAAUUAUGUUUACAGUUCAGUUCCCCAUAUCACACCUUUGGGACGUGAUUUUGGAUCCUUUUUUGAGCUUUUUCUUGCCAAUCAGCUACAGUUACGCCGACAGGAGCUGAGAGGUCAGCUGUAAUAGACGCGACCGUGGUGGAAUCAAACCGCCCACUUCUCUUCUGGAUGAAUUCCUAGCAGAAAAAGUGAAGUGAGAUGCCCUUCAGAUUCAUCAACACAGUGUAUCAGCCUGAUUUGGGAAAAGUACAUGUGAAACUGUCUGCGUUCCCACUGAGACGAGGCGAAAUGUGAUGCAUUUUUAAUCGCAGCUUAGUGAGUUGCUCGCGCUCUGUAGGGUCACCUUUCUGGCAAGUGGUCUGACCACUUGUAUCUUGGAGGAAAGUGCUACGUGCCUUGUUAUGGGGGCCUGUAAGGGCCUGUGAAGAUCUUGGAAGACCAGUUGAGGUGCCUUCAAGUCAUGGUGCCCUUCCAGGAGGUCCUGUUUGAGGUCCGGAAAGUUCUGCAGGAUGCCCACCCUGACCUCCUGCCCGCUUUCCUCACCCAGCUUCUGGAGGCCCAAGUGUUUUCAGCUCAGUACUUCCAGUCUCUCUUCCAGUGUGUGGACCCUGACCUGGGUGACGUGACAGAUGUGGAAGACUUAGCCAGGAGACUUGCUCUUCCCAUUUGGCAGAAAUGGGACGUUAGCAAGGAAAUCCUCUUCUCUGCACUCGGGGAUACAGAAGAAUCCCAGCCAGACAUUUGUGCUGGAAAUGAUGACCCGAUUGCCCUUGAUCCACAACUCCUGGAGCUGAUACCAGACUCGCUGCUCCAGGAUCUGAUCACCUCUGAUUUCCUGCAUGAAUUAGAUUUAGAUGCUUUGUGUGCUGAGCUGAAAGAGGACUAUGACCACGGUGAAGCAGCUGAGUGUCCUGCACCGGCGAGUACAGAGAGUGAAAAGGAGGAAAGGCCUACGAGGAAGCGAGCAGCGGGAGAAAGAGCCCCGAGGAAAGCGCCACGCCUCAAACGCAGAAAAACAGUCCAACCCAGCACCGAAAGUCCCCAUCCGCAGGACAAAUCCCAUGUGAUUGAUGUGAGCCCGCCCCCGCUGCCCCAGCUUGUGCAUGUUCCCCUCACCAUCGCCACUGCGCUCAACAGCGCCUCUCUGCUGCCCUCUAGUGGUACACCAGCGCUGCAGUUCAUACAGACCAUUAAUCAUCUCUCUCCUACUGUGAUUAACAGUAUAGUCCCAGUCGGGCCCACAUACGUCCUGGUCUCGCCGCAGUCUGUACGUCCAGUGCAUCAACUCGUUCCUCUUUCACCAGCUGAUGGUGCAGUGGCCCCUGCAGAGCUCAGUAGGACCAUCAUCCCCAUGAGCUCCUUAUCGGACAGCACGAGCAGGAGUCAGCCCCCGUCACCCCUCACCCCCGUCUCACCCACAAAAGACAAAACAACGCAGGAGGACUCUCCCCCCACAACCCCUCAGAGUCCAGUCAUACCAGAACGAGUUGAGGACUUCAUUCAGCAGCUGAAAUCCCAUCUAAGAAAAACUUGUAGCCUGAUGCCAGGAGGCCUGAGGAUGGACUCUCACUACAUUGACACUCAGCUGGUGCAGAGGAAGCUCGUAAUCCGGACUGGCAAGAAUGCGAACAAGUGCCUGGAGAAAGAGCUUGUGGUGCUCAUUGACUCUGAGCGAAAGAAAGCCACAGUGGACAGGAGCCACGUCUUCCAGAACUGUGGACCCAAACCCAAAUGUUUGAUCACCGUCCUCGGAAAGGCCGGGACGGGGAAGAGCACGUUAAUCCAACGCUUGGCUUUGGACUGGGCCACUGGCAGCCUUCCGCAGUUCCAGUUUGUUUUUUUGCUGAACUGCAAGGUUUUGAACUUGACAAGUCCGAAUUACAGCUUAAAGACUUUGCUGUUCGGUCUGUCCACCACCCCCGGCUGUGAAGAUUCGGAAGCUGUUUUCAAACAUGUGCUGUCCAAUCCAGAUAAGGUUCUCCUGGUAUUUGACAGCUUCGAUGACAUCGGAGACCUCGAAGGUCUCCUUCAGUCCUUUGCUACCUCGGUCACGGACAAUGGCUACAGCGUAAGGCAGCUGUUUUCUGGCCUUUUCCAGAAAAAGAUUCUGUCAGGGUGCACUCUCUUGAUAGCCACCAGGCCCAAAGAUGUUCUGAACCAGCUGCUGCGCAAAGUGGACAGCAUUCUGGAGCUCUGCUGCUUCUCGCCCAAGGACAUAGAAUCAUACACCUCAAGCUAUUUCGCAGAUGCCUCAAAGCAGGAGAGCACGCUGAGGAAGAUCCAGAGCCAAAAGUACAUCUUCAGCUUGUGCUCCAACCCUUUACUGUGUCGGUUUACGUGCUUCCUCAUGGAGCACCAAGACACCGACGGUUACGCAUUGCCAUCGACUCUAACGGAUUUGUGCCAAAGAGUCCUCGACCAGCAUCUAGAGCUGACAGCUAAAGAGCAGGGAUCCAAACAGGACAUCACGGAACUGUGUAACAUGGCAUGGGAGGGUUUCAAGACUUACAGCUCCCUUUUAAGCCAAGAUCAAGAGAUCUCCAAGGAGUUGUUGGACUGUGGGAUUAAUUGUGAGAUCCUCACAUCCCAUACGGUAUGUGAGGAGUCUGGCAAGAGCCAGGUCACUUACUUUGCCAAUCUUUUCAUGCAGAACCUCCUUGGCGCUCUGUUUUUGGUUCAAUCCAAAGAUGUGAACGACAGGACGUUAGUGGCCCAGACAGUGCUCCACCACCGGAAGAGGAAAGUGCAUGGAGAAUGGCAGGAUGUCCUGCAGAGGUUUGUUAUUGGGUCGCUUUACCAGAAAGCAACACCUCACUGCUGUGGUAUUCUGCAAAGCUCCGUGGACGCCCAGGCCAAAAGGAAAGCCGUAGAGGCCCACCUGAAAAACCUCAAUCCAGGCGAGUUGAUUCCCAGCAGGUUGCUGGAACUCUUCCACUGUGUCUAUGAGGCCAGUAACGUCAAGCUCGCCAAACUCCUGGUCAAGAACCUUCCUGACAUCCUGUCGUUUUGUGGGGCUCAUCUCACAAUGACGGAUGUCUAUGUUGUCUGGCACCUCCUUCAGCACGCCAAGGGGCUCAAACGGACGUUUUCCAUUGACAUGCAGGACACGUGUAUUCCUCUCAGUGGUCUCAAGGAGCUGGUGGCGUUGGACUGCGUCACGUCAUUCCGGGCACCUACAAUGGAUACCAUUGACCUGUGGGAGGACUUGCAUCGCAGCAGUGAUGAGCUGAGCUUGAAAAAUGCCAUUGAAAAAUUCACCAUAGACCCAUUUAAGGCCUCACAAUUGGGUCACAUAGAGAACCUGGUCCUCCUUGUCCAGAUCCACAGAGAAAAGAAGCUGCCGAUGAGCAAUGCUGAAGCUGCUCUGGAGGAUGGAAUCCCUGCAGUGAGGCAUCUUCACAAACUGGAAUAUGAGCUCGGCCAGCAGAACGGACCCGGGGCUUUUCACAAACUCGCUGGGAUCUUACCUGCUCUCCAGUCUCUUCAGCACCUAGAUCUGGAGAAUAAUAAAAUCGGAGACCGUGAAGCUGAAAAGCUGGCGAGUGUCCUUCACUCUCUGUCAUCUCUGAAGAUGCUGAAUCUGUCUCAGAACUGUAUCGGAGACGCUGGAGUGGAGAAACUGGCCCAGGCCCUGUCAGCGGCCUCCUCUCUACAGAGUCUCAGCCUCUACGGGAAUUUGAUCGCGGACAGCGGAGCUGAAAACUUGGCCUCCGUUUUACCAGCCAUGAAGUCUCUGCUGGAUCUGGAUGUCAAGUACAACAAGUUCACAGAUGUUGGCGCUAAGAAGCUCAGCGCGGCCUUAAAAAGCUCCCCGAGCAUGAAGUCCCUUCAAAUGUGGAACAACUGCAUCCCUCUUGGGGUUUUCGAUCAUCUUCGGCUUCAGGACCCCAGGAUCAGAGCCCUGUAAAGCACUUACUACCUGCCCUUUAACUGCUGCUACUAACAGUUCCUUAUGCAACAAUGCACUGAAUUCUAUGCAAUGCUGUUUCCUCAGCAAAGACACUAAACCGUAAGGUACAAUAAUGUUAUUGAGAUGCACUAUUUCUGUCGGUUACUUUUUAUGAGCAUUUGGCCACCUCAUAAAAC